GUUUAUGAUAGAGCAGCGACGAAGAUAUUGAUAUUGAUUAUUUCCUUUGGACAAGUUUAAACUAUGGGAAAGGUUCACAUCAUUCAGGUGGAAGAGGCAGAUGAGGAAAAUAUUAUUUCCUUUGAGGAUGUUGGCGGCACUCAGCUGCUCUCUGCCUCUGCUCCAGUGGUGUGGAGUGGCAUGGAGGAAAAGAUGGCCCAGGUUUUCAUGCCCCGAAGCCUGCCAACCACCCUUGGCAACUUGCCAUCGUCCCGCCUGGCCUCUGGUCCAUCCAGCACUCCCUCUAAUGAGUCCACCCCACCCCUGGCCUCUGCUGCAUCCGGCACUCCCUCUAACGAGUCCACCACCCCACCCAUGGCCUCUGCUGCCUCCAGCUUCACCCCCAACGUCUCGCCAGACUCCUCCCUGGAUAAUGACGACGUCCCUCCAUCCAUCCUCCACCCAUCCCUAGCCCUCUCCUCUCCUCCUCCACCCAGCCUUCCUGCCUCCACUCUCAGCCUUCCCACCUGCCUGCCGAGCCUGGCUCCCAUCCUUCCCUCCACCUCCACCACCACCUCCACCUCCACCCCACCCAGGCUCCCCGCGUCUCUGCCCCCUGUGCCUGUGCCUUGCAAAGCCCGCCGCACCUUCUCCAGACUGUCUCUCCUGGAGCCCCCGUCAUCUCUGCCCCCAUCCCACCUCGAGGCCACCCCAUCCCAGCUUCCCCCCCUGGACCUCUCGGCCCUCCUGAAGGAGCUGGGGGCCACUAGCAGCAGGGUCGCCCCUCUGCCCCCCAUCCAGGUCAGGGCAGCUGAGGAGAGGGAGGACAUGGAGAGCAGUAUGGAGUCAACUGAGGAAUCCGAUGAUGAAAUGGCCACAGUUGUGGUGUGGUCAUGUGACCAGGAAGCGGAGGAGGAGGACGGGCCAUGUGACCUGGAAGUGACAGAGGAGGAAUUACAGGAGAAGAAGAUCAAGAAGAAGAACAGCUUUAAGAACAGGAUAGUGAAGUUCUUCAGAAGGCUGAAUUGCUUCCACUGCGGCGAAGACAGUACCAGAGAUGGGGACUUUUGACUUGUUACUUGGACUUGAAUCACACUUGACUGGACUUGAGACUUGACUUGGCAAUAUUACAAACAUAGGAACCAUUUGGGACUUGAUUUCGGACUUGUAUGCUAUUGACUCAAGACUUGACUUGAACUUGACAAUUUUAUCAUCAACUUUCAUCAUCAUUUCAUCAAUAUUGCUUCAUUCACCAUUAUUAUUGAAUGCAUUCAUUUUCUCUUUUUUUUCAUGUAACAUUUUCACGUACAAAUGUAGAAAAUGGAAUAUAUCUAGACUUGACAUGUGAUUGCAAGUCAUUUUUAAGAUCAACUUCCACUAAAAUCCUUUUGAAAUACGGAGGGUCACCCCUACUUACAUACACAUGCUACUGUACAUGUCCAAGUGAUGCGUCACCUCCAUAGACUGUGUUUCCCAAUUGACACAAUGCAGAGCCAGGAGCCAAUCAGGAAGAGCCUGGACAUUUUUUUGUCAUUUUACGUCACACUGAAAAAAGGGCGUUGCCCACAUGGGUUUAUGUCGGCCCAUUUUUCUGGAAACAUGUUGAGUAAGUUUUUCUCGCUUGAAUUCAAAACAAGUGAAGGCUGGAGGGUUGCAGGAAAGCUAGUUUAGCCUAUAGCUAUCAGAUGGUUGGUACUCUCAGAUAGGGCCUACACACAGAAAAGGAGGAGGGAGACAAUCAGAGGCGCAUCAUUUUCGUCAUUGUCACAGAUAUACAGUACACUAGAAAGACCAGAAAAGAGAAAACCCUUUCUUGUUAGGGACUUGGCUUGGCUACGACUUGGACUCUCAACCCCCCCCCAACAAAAAAACCCCUGCGUCACGGACAUGCAUGAGAAACAUCGGAAAACUCUGUCGUUUGUCCACUAGUCCAACGAGUCCUACUAGUCACACACAAAGACGGCUUGAAACAAAGCAGCUAGGACAUUUUUUGGGCACGACUUGGACUUGGACCCAACACCACC